AUGGCUGACCCGUUUGUUAUAGUCCCAUUGGUUUUUGUUUCCGUUGUUGUAUUGUUCACGGUGUUGAGUUUUAUUUGCUGGACAUCUGGGGCCAGUUCCAGCGGCGGAGGACAUGCUCAUUUCGGCGGCGCUGCCCAUGCUGGAGGAUUCCAUCAUCAUGCCGGCGGUCAUGCUCACCACGUGGCCGUAGCCCAUUCUGGAGGUGGAGGACACGGUUGUGGUGGUGGCGCCGGAGGUGGAGGUGGCUCUAGCUCUGCCUUUUUCGCGGUGCUGAGUUUACUUUGCCGGUGGACUGGUGGUGGCAGUUCUACCGGAGAUGGUGCUCAUUUCGGAGGCGCUGAUGGCCCAGGUGGAGGAGACGAUGGUGGAGAAGACGGUGGUGGAGGUGGUGGCUAUGAUGGUGGAGGUGGCGGUUAUGAUGGCGGAGGUGGCAGUGGUGGAGGCGGCGGUGGGGGAGGAGAUGGUGGAGGUGGAGGCGGAGGUGGGGGAGGUGGCGGAGGGUAG